UCCUCCUUCCAGCGCGAGCUGACGCGGCUGCGCGUUGCGGCGUUGCUGUUGCUGCUGCUGGAAAGUUUGUAUCACUCCUCAGAUUUUGACAAAGCUAUCACUCGAUAAUGUCGCAUCCCUUGAAGGACGGACUGUUCGGGAACGUUUGCGAGUAAAACAUUCACCGAGAGAAGGGAGCAGAACGGGACAUGGACGCUUCGGUCUCUCGUGGUCUCAACCGGGCUGCUGUGCUGCGGGACUGGGGUCAGUUUGUGGCGAAGCUGAAUGGAGUUCCAGCCGUUGUUGGACAUUGCGUACUGGCCUAACCUCCACCAUAAACACCAGCCCCACAGGAGAAACUGGUUAACAUGAGGCUCCCACUUUAACAAGGGGGUCAUUUUUCAUCUGCAUUUGGAUAUCUGGCACCACCAUCACCAUGUCUGAUCAGAACUACUACUGGACUGUGCUGCCAAGCUACAAAACUAGUUUUGUCACCGGGGCCAUGAUGAAGAGAUCAAAGGGAACCCGCAACAACAAGAGAAGGAGUUUGGCGGUCGGUACCCCGUCGCCCACGCUCUCACGGCCGCUUUCACCUCUCCCUCUUGCCACAGCUGGCAGCAGCCCUUCAGAAAGCCCCAGAAAUGUCUCUGCCAGCACCUCUGCCAACUUCCAGUUUGCCCGCAGUAGCCAACUGGCCCGCACUGAAAGAGCGGACGGGCGAAGGUGGUCCGUGGCAUCGGUUCCCUCAUCCGGAUACUGCACCAAUGCACCCAGUUCAUCAGUUUCUUCCUCUUCUUCCCAGGAGUUGUUGCAUCAGUUGCCCUUCCAGCCCACUCAAGAUGAUCUCCACUUCCUGUUCAAACAUUUCCGGAGCACUGAGAGCGUGGCAGACGAAGAGGGGGCGCACACCUCGCCUCCCGUCAGGCUCCGCUCCCGCAGUCUCAGCCCUGGACGGACCUGUGGAACAUUUGACAAUGAAAUUGUCAUGAUGAAUCAUGUCUACAAAGAACGCUUUCCCAAGGCGACAGCCCAGAUGGAGGGUCAGCUGCUCGACAUCAUUGCAGAGUGUUCCCCAGGCACGGCUCUACCCCUGGCUGAUGGCGUGCUGGGAUUCAUUCAGCACCAGCUGGUGGAGCUUGCCAGAGACUGUCUGGACAAGUCCCAGAAAGGCCUGGUCACCUCCAGGUACUUUGUAGAGCUGCAGGAGAAGCUGGAGAAGCUGCUGCAUGAGGCAUACGAGCGCUCCGAGAGCGAGGAGGUGACCAUCAUCACCAAACUGGUCAAGAAGAUCCUCAUCAUCAUCUCCAGGCCUGCCAGGCUGCUGGAGUGUCUGGAGUUCGAUCCAGAGGAGUUUUACCAACGUAUGGAGGUUGCAGAGGGUCAAGCCAAAGUGGGCCAUGGGAUCAAGACUGAUAUUCCCAGAUACAUCAUCAGUCAGCUCGGCCUCACCAGAGACCCCUUGGAAGAGAUGGUCCAACUGGAGCAGACAAGUCCGAGUCACAGAGCGUCCAGCAGGGACUCUGAUGACACAGGAGAGGCCACACCUCUACAGAGCCGAGCAGCCUGCACCCCUCCUCGGAGGAAACCACUGGAGAGCGACUUUGACACUAUCAAGCUCAUUAGCAACGGCGCCUAUGGGGCCGUAUUUCUGGUGCGGCACAAGGAGACCCGUCAACGUUUCGCCAUGAAAAAAAUCAACCGGCAGAACCUGAUGCUCAGGAACCAAAUCCAGCAGGUGUUUGUGGAGCGAGACAUCCUGACUUUCGCCGAAAACCCGUUUGUGGUUUCCAUGUUCUGCUCUUUCGAGACACGGAGGCACCUCUGCAUGGUCAUGGAGUACGUGGAAGGAGGUGACUGUGCCAACCUGUUGAAGAACAUCGGCCCUCUGCCUGUGGACAUGGCACGUAUGUACUUUGCAGAGACCGUCCUGGCUCUAGAAUACCUUCAUAACUACGGCAUUGUACACCGAGACCUCAAACCUGACAACUUGUUAAUAACCUCUAUGGGACACAUUAAGCUCACAGACUUUGGGCUGUCAAAGAUCGGUCUAAUGAACAUGACCACCAACUUGUACGAAGGACACAUCGAGAAGGAUACAAGAGAGUUCAUCGACAAACAGGUGUGUGGCACACCAGAGUACAUCGCUCCAGAGGUGAUCCUGAGGCAAGGCUAUGGGAAGCCUGUAGACUGGUGGGCCAUGGGCAUCAUUCUCUAUGAGUUCUUAGUGGGGUGUGUGCCUUUCUUUGGAGACACACCAGAGCAGCUGUUUGGACAAGUGGUCAAUGAUGAUAUAAUUUGGCCAGACGGGGAGGACGCUUUGCCAGCUGAUGCCCAGGACCUUAUCACCAGACUGCUGAGACAGAGCCCUCUGGAGCGUCUGGGAACAGGUGGAACCAGCGAGGUGAAGAUGCACGUGUUCUUUCUUGGUCUGGACUGGAACGGCCUCCUGAGACAGAAAGCUGAAUUCAUCCCUCAACUAGAGACUGAGGACGACACCAGCUACUUUGACACCCGAUCGGAGCGCUACUGUCACCUGGGAUCAGAUGACGAUGAUGAAACGAACGAUGAUGAAUCCUCUCUUGAGCUCCGGCAGUUUUCCUCUGUGGCACACCGCUUCAGCAAGGUGUACAGCAGCACAGAGCACCUGUCCACCUCCACGCCGUCCAACCAGAGCCUGUCUUCCUCUGACCGCAGCCACAGUGAGGAGAAGGAGGAGCGGUGGGAGGGCAGGGGAGUCCUUUCCCCUGGAGAUGGACACAAACACUUGUCUGGUGGAGACAGGAGGGCAGAUGGACACAGGGGGAGUCUGCGCCCUCGUGCUUCAUCUAGCUCCUCUCAGUCAGAGCGCAGUGCAAGUCCACUGGUGAUGAACAGUACCCAGAGCCUGGACAUCAUGCCUCGCUUUGCCAUCUCUGCUGAGGAGGAAGAUGGUGUGGUUUCCAACCUGCGACGCAUCAGACUGCGGAGCAAUAGUACAGGCACCAGGCCGUCCUUCCGGAGAGGGGCGUCCAGACGCAUCGCCCACCAGCUGGAGACGCCAGAGAAACCUAAAUCCCCAUCUGGCAAAGUCCCCAAGUCUGCCUCUGUGUCUGGCCUGUCCCUCAUCAUCACUCCAGAUGACUCAGCAGGUCCCCCAACAAGCCCCAAGUCCUCCCUGUCCCUGUCGUCCAACCCCUCAUCCAGAGACUCGUCCCCCAGCCGGGACCUCUCUGUCAGUGUCAGCUGCCUCCGGCCUCCUGUGGUCAUCCACAGCUCUGGGAAGAGGUUUGGCUUUGCACUGCGAGCUAUCAGAGUCUACAUGGGAGACACUGACGUCUACACUGUUCACCACAUGGUCUGGUGUGUGGAGGAUGGCAGUCCAGCACAUGAGGCAGGAUUGAGGGCUGGUGACCUCAUCACUCACGUGAACGGGGAGUCGGUGCAGGGACUCGUGCACACAGAGGUGGUGGAGCUCCUGCUGAAGAGUGGCAACAGGGUGACUCUGCAGACUACAGCACUGGAGAACACCUCCAUCAAGGUGGGCCCAGCAAGAAAGGUGAGCUACAAGUCCAAGAUGGCCCGGCGCAGUAAGAAGAGCAAGAGGAAGGAUGGACAGGACAGUCGACGACGGAGCAUCUUGAAGAAGCUCUCCAAGCAUACGCCUCCUCCGCCCAUGCAGAGCAGUCGCAGCUUCUCUUCAGGUUUCCACCAGUCAUCCAGCGACAGCCUCUCUGGCUCCCCCACACAGAGCCUCUCUCCUGGGCCUUCUACGCCCUGUCGCUCCCCUGCUCCUGACCACUCUGGAGACUCCAGUUCCUCUCCUUGCUCCAGCUCCCCUAACUCCCCUGUACCACAGGCCCGCCCCAGUUCCCUCCAUGUCUUGGGUCGCUACACCAAAGCUGGCCGCUGCAAGUCCACGAGCAGCAUCCCUCCUUCCCCACUGGCAUGCAUCCCACCUCCUCAGCCCCUCUCUCCUCAGUGCUCCUCAUCCUGCCUCCCCAGUCACACCAAAUCCCUGCAGGGUUUCCACGGAAAGACGUUGUCCCCUCCCACUAUCGCUCGCCACUCUGUGCGACCCCGCAGCGCAGAACCGCCACGCUCGCCACUGCUGAAGAGGGUACAGUCGGCAGAGAAGCUGACAGGAGACAAGAUGACAGGAGGUUGGCACGGAGACAGGAAGGCCUAUAGCACCCGCCGCCACACGAUGGAGGUGCCCCUGUCGGAGGGGGAGGGGCUAGAGGACAUGGAGGGAGCCACUGGUUUUGUCUGCGUCAGCGAACACCACCGCUCAACUGCCUCGCCACAACAUCGUGGCAGCAACCACCACUCCAAAGAGGUGGUGGUGAUGAGGAAGCUGGCUCUGUCUGAGCGCAGAGACUCCUUCAAGAAGCAGGAGGCGGUGCAGGAAGUGAGCUUCGACGACUUGGAGGAGAGAGAGGCGACGCCGGGCCCAACGCCUCCCGCCUCGACGGCAAAGCCGUUUAAAGCGUCCUGGAUCAACUUGGCCCAGCCAGAAUCGACUGUGAAGCUGGAAGGAAAAGGAACACAGGGUACAACAACACCGCAGAAAGCCAAGUCAAAAGACAGAGAAGGGCUUUAGUGUAUUCACUCUGUCUGGGAGAAAAGGUCAAUGAAGAGUCCGACACAGAAGGAGACAGAAGAGUGAAGACGUUUUUGACCCGCUACUGUAUGUACUGGCAUUUGAAGGCCUUUGCAUGAGUGUCCAGAAAACUGUGACCAAGUCCCAAGUCAUCACAAGCAACUUCUCUACGACAGGAGAGCAAAGUAACACGGAUGUUUCACCGUCACAUACGCAUCCUGCAACACUGUUCAUCAAAUAAUGACUGCUAAACAAUGUUUACUUCCUGGUUGCUUGUUUUCUCUCUUGGUUCUCAAAUCACUGUGGCACCUGUAACUGAUGUAUUUUGUAAAUAUUUUUUGUUUUUUAAUGAAGAAACUUAUUUAUGACUUUUUAUGCUCAUGUUGUUUUUGGGUUGCUGAAAAACGCCUCGGAUAUGCUUCAGCCUGAACAAGCCAAGAAAAGACUUUUUCAGUGUGGUUUUACAGGUGUGGGUGCAGACAGAGGGCAGGUAUCAACAGUCUAUAUCUUCACUUUGUUUUUAUACCUCAAUGCCUGUGUAGAGCUGGGUGUUGUUUUGUGCCCAGAUUGGGUUUUUAGAACAAACUUUAACAGUGUUCGUCCUGUAACAUAUGAUGAAUCGUUGCAGUGCUGCCUCUCAGAUGAAAUGUAUUCCACAGAUUGUGAGUGAUGACCAUUUCGACUCAUUGAUCCCAAACCCAGACCUUGUAUAAACAUUUUAAAGGACUGAAAAAAAUCUACAUCUGAAUAUUUGUGAGCUGUGGUGCCAAAGCAUGGUUUAACCAUUUAAACAGAGGUACUGUAGUUGUACAUAAGAAGCUUCAUGCAUGCAUGGGCUCUACUUCCAUUUUCCAUCUAUCUCGUUUAAAAAAAAUACCCGGUAUCUCCUCUGGCAGUGGUUUGCAUCCUCACUUGAUCAGUGUACAGGUGUGCAGAUGAAGCUGUGUGACUCCCUUUUGAACCCACGCUGUUGUCUCCGUCCUCUUAAUACCUUUAAUCAAACAUCCGUCCAGCUCCUAACAAACCUAGUGUAUAGCUAAAGUGUUUGCCUAAAGUCGUCGUAGCCGUGUAAAAGUUAGAGUACAUUUAUAUUUCAGGAUGAUCACCUUUCUCUGCGGGAUUCAAAAAUUGUACAGAUGCAACUGACACAAAUUGGCUCCCUUGGCUGUUUUUUUUUGUUGUUUUUCUUAAAACACGUGUUAUGAAUGAAUGUUUACAUAUUGGUGCAAAUAUGUGUGUGGACUCCUCAUGGUUGUGUUAAAUUAUUGUGGAAAAAAAGUGAAUGACAGUGGAGCUAGAACCCGAGGCCCUGAGUGGAUGAGGGAGAGAGUAGAGCGGAUUUCUUUUUGUACAUUUUGAUAUGGAAACGGUCUAGUUGCAGUACUAAUAACAGUAUGCUGUGGAUGUAAGGUAUGUUGUAGAAACAAUGGUGGACCUUUUAGUGGUGUUUUUUAAAGUGGCCUUGUAAGGGUAGAUGGAUUCGUACAUUGUGUGAUGUCACUGUAAUGUACGAGGCCUCAAAGCAUUGUGCAUGUGUCACAUCCCUUUAUAAUAUUCCCACAGUCAAAUGACAAACAUGUUCAGUCUUUUGUUUUUUUAUUUUACAUUUUAUGUUUUCCAUUUAUGAAUUAAAGAGACUGUAACUGUGGGAACUUAUAGUGGACGUUUAGCACAUGCUAAGCUUUGAAACCUGGUUAUGGAUUGUGGGGGUUAAUACAAAAAGUUAGAGGUUUGUUCAAUGUACUGCGUGGUUAAAGUGUCUGUGUAUUAUACUCACAGAAUUUCUGAUGCAAUAUACAUCCUGGUUUGUUCUUAGGAUCUGAUCUUUUGUCCUUAAACAACCUGUCAUGGCAUCCUUUUUUUCUUAGGUCAUUAAGCAGAAGUCGCACCACUUAUCUAAACAAAUCACCAUGACAACUUUCUUUUUUAUUUUUUGCCACUGUUUGUGUGUCUGACAAUUUCCAUGUCAUCACACAGGUGCUUAAAUGUCACACUCCAUAUUUACCACAUUGUGUGUGCGUGUGUCAGUAUGUGUGUAAAAAAAAAAUGGAUGUUGCUCCCCAGAUGACAAACUGGCCUUUACCAAGAGGGUAUCUGAUACAGACUGGUGUGACAUUGUCAGUUUUUUUUUAUUGUCUUAACAGUGCUUGAAAUAAAUGAAUUGCAAAUGGACUACAAAGUCCAGAACUACAAA